UGUUCAUCUGAUAGAGAAGAAAGUUCCAAAGGCGAGAAAAAGCUACGCUGUGAUCCGAUGAACAUGUCGGAGAGCGAGCCAGACAACGGGCGCGGGGACAGGACGUCGAGCGAUGAAGAGAACGAGAGCGGCGGACUACCGGAGAACUUCCCUCCAGUGGAGGUGUGUCUCGAGAGAUGUCGCAAAUUCGUGGAGCUCACCAACACAAACGAGGCCUUGGCCCAGUUUUUCUUGCAAGAUCGUGAUUGGGACCUCGAGCGUUCUGUUGCCGACUAUUUCCAGGAGAACGAGGAACGAAAUGCACCCUCGUCGUCCUCCUCCGCUGUGAAAUCCGAGAUGCCUCCCAAGCGAGCAUCAGGAGACGUCGUCGAGCUUUCGAGCGACAGCGAUACGGAAGAGGAGUCUGAUGAUCUUCUCAAGAUCGUCUCAUGGAAUAUCGACGGUCUGGACCAGAAAAACCGAGAUCUCCGGACCAAGAAUGUCUGUGCCACAGUAAAGAAGGCCGCUGCAGACAUUGUAAUGCUGCAAGAAGUAGUUCCUGAAACGUUGCGUCUCAUUGAUGAAACGCUCUCCAAGGAAUACCAUCUCGUACAUUCGGGCGUGGCCGAAUAUUUCACCGCGAUGUUAUUCCACCGAAAACGAGUCAGCUUCGUGCAGGACAAAGUGUUCGAAUUCUCCAAUAGCGUCAUGGGCCGGAAGUUGCAGGCCGCGGAGGUGUCUUUCAAAAACGCGCACAAAUUGUUCAUCCUUAACACGCAUCUCGAGAGUACAGGAGAGUUCUCGGAUGCGCGGAGGGUACAACUGCAGAAAUGCUUCAGGAAUCUCAACAAGAUUUCUGACGGAUACUCGGCGGUGCUAGCAGGCGAUCUCAAUCUUCGCGACAAGGAGCUCGACGGAAUAGGCGGGAUUCCCGCUGGUAUAUGUGAUAUGUGGGAGAGACUGGGUUCAAGACCGGAAGCAAAAUACACCUGGGACAUGACUAGGAACGACAACCUACUGUGGAAUGCGCGAUUCAAACCUCGGUGUCGUUUCGACCGCAUGUACUUCAAAGAAUCCCUGGCUCAACCCCGGGCAUUGAAGCCUGUAUAUUUCGGUCUCAUCGGCCUGGAGCGGAUUCUACCCCAUCGAUGUUUCCCCAGCGAUCAUUGGGGACUAUACGCGCAUUUUAAGCUUCAAUGACGAUUUACGACUCUGCGUUUCUGAAAAAAUUCUCACCAUUCCACUACGG